AUGGCUCCAACAACACUCGUCACUUUUCUUGUUCGAACUCCUCCUUCCACCAGAUCAGUUGCCCUCUAUGGUUCCUGGGACAACUUCUCCACUUCGUACCCCAUGCGACGAGAUUCGCGCACAGGCCAGGAGCAUUGGUCAGGCUGUCAUAGCUUUUCCAACAUCAUCUGCGACGGCGACCCUCAGCCUAAUCGUCGUCCCAGAAAUGGCGGUCUAAAAAUGGGUGGCACCUACUGGUACUAUUACAAACUCGACGACGAUCUCGAAUUCCACAACUCGGCAGAACCUUCCACGACCACCUGUCCUUUACUUCCUGGUCAACUCGUCAAUGUCCUCAACGUCCCCUUUGCUCUAAGUAGUGCCAACACCCGAAACCGCAACGACAGCGUCAGCUCCACAAGCUCCGACAUUCAGACCAUGGACCCCAGCGACAAGUUCCUCAAUCCUCGCCCCGUUCCUGCGAGGCCGUCCUUGCCUCGCCUCAAGACUUCCCCUUCCUUUCCUUCUGCGCCUUGGUCCACGGACAAUUCUCCUCUGAGCGCCGAGUUCCGCAGAGGACGGUCCGUCUCCUCCCGCCAACCAAACCCGUCGGGAGAUGCAAAUACUCUCAGGAUCAUUCGCCUGACCAAGAAGUCUUCCUUUGACGUUCCAAGUCGGUCCACCUCCAGGGGCAGCAAUCGCUCGGUGGGUAUCAUCGGUGCCUUUAGAGCUUUGGCAUCUCCCCGCACCACAAGUCCAGAUACUGCGUUAGAAAGGGGCCGAAGUGUCACAUCCGACAAAGGUCCGUCUCGUCAUCAUGGGUCCCUCCCUCGUGGUCUCUCCAACCGCAGCAUCACUCCCAAACGAAACAUCCGAGUGCAAACACCGCCCAUGCCCGAAUUGGCGGCAGCCUCGUCUGCUGCAUCAACCCCGGCUCUACCCGUGCCAACUGUCACUGGGGAGCUCCCUCUUCGGGACGACCCGCAGGACCUGGGUCAACUCAACCUUGGCUUAGCCAUUUCUUCAUUUCAACAGCAUAGACGACAACGCAACGGCUCGCGUGAGCCCUCGUCCUUGCGUAAUUCGCUGUCAAACGAGGAAGCAAAGGCAUAUUUGGCCAAUGACACCCCCCUGACGCCGUACAGGCCUCUUGAGACUUUGAACGAAGUUAAUUCACCCGCAGGAACUCCUGUCUGGCCUCUCACUGCAAUCAAAGUCGAGGCCGAAAAUGUCGUCGAUGACAUGAGAGGUCCGGCUGUGAAUAAGAGACUCCCUACUCUACCCAACAGUCCAUCAUCUGCAUAUCCUCCCAGCAGCGCGGGCGGUGACUCUCCCCUGCAAGACUUUGACCAAAAACUCACAAAUCUGCAGAGUCACUUCUCAGCGACCACAAUCGACACCGAGAGUUAUACUGGCAGCUUCAUGUACCAAGGACAGAGUCGUUUCUCAGACUGGACUUGUGCCACGUCUCGCUUGUCACCCAGAUCUGACUACGCGGCAAGCCUCAUCGACAUUGAACCCAUGAGCCCUGCCGAACUAGAGGAGGUCGACAAUGCCGACCCUAUUCAAGUAGUUGGUGAAGCUGCCACCGCUCUAAAGCCUCCCCAGAACCAUUUGGCCGCUACAAAAGAUGGACUUCCAUCUGCCUCCAGCUUUUCAACCGUCAGCUCCGAAGACUGGUCCGCUACGGGCAGUUCAGAUGACGCGCAGGCUGCGUGGAAAAGGUUCCAACACUAUAGCUUGCCCACCGAUGAGAUUGAGUCUACUACAACACUCAAGCAAGCCGUAUCCCCCAAUGGCCGAACACCGAUGGUCGUCCACAAUCACACCCAUUCAUCUGAGUACAAAUCACACGUGGAAUCACUCAACCAGUCUGACUUGCCUCAUUCAACUAGCAUGCAGCAGCUACUCGACGAAUUGAGGUAUCUUGGCGACAUGAUCCAGCACCACUGAGGCCAUCAUUGCACCUCAUUUACGACCUACCAACAUUAUGUUUUCAUUUGGACACAUCGAGUGUAUAUCUCGAUCAGACACACUCUCUCCAUUCUGACUAUGUCUUUUUUGCGCCUUGAUACCACAUCUUUCUGCGCAUGUACAGCGUUACACCAUUUUGGGAGACUCGGGAAGAGCAAAAGAAUUGUUAUACAUCCAGGGCUAUACGAAUUUUAUUUGCACGUCUCACUACUAGAGAUAAAAUGGGAUCAUUGGAGUUUCAAGGAGGAAGCGAUACCAUUAAAUUGCAAGCUGAGGCAAUGGCUUCUUUAUUUGUUUGGAAGCUGAGAUGAAUGGGCGAUUCGGGUCACGAGGCUGCCAGGCUUGGCGUAGCUUCGACAUGAAAAUAUUAUCUUACAAGGUAGAGACUUGAGGGAUCGGACAGGAUGUAUCCCGUGUCUUUUAAUAAUUAGGCGUAUUGCCAUGACAUUAUGAGAUG